AUGAAGCUUCGCCAUUUUCUCAUUUUCCUGAUGUUGAUUCCCAUUUCAUCAUCAAUCUGUUUCGAUCUAAAAACUCUGCAAUGUUGGCCAAUGGAGAUACAGGAAAUGGCAUUGAUGCUUACUGCUAGGAACACAGCAAGAUAUGAUUGUUCUGGAAAGUCAAAAUCCGAGUGGUACGAAACAGGCCAGAAACGUCUUGGCUGGGGAAUUUAUUACAUUUCAAGCGGCCUAUUCUUCCAACUAAUUGGCUGGCCAGUCAUCUGGGUUUUCAUUACAAAAUUCAGCAUGACAAAUGCCCUAAAAGUGUACAGAAUUAUGGUUUUCAUUGGUCUCAUUGAAAUCACUGAAAUCUGGGGAAACUCUGUAUUCCCGGGAUUUGUUGCAGUGUUUGGAGAGGUUUACUGUACCAGUCCAAUAUUGAUGACUAUUGUUGGAAAAAUGACUAUGGUUCAAUGGGUACUUGGUUCUUCGUCUGCUGCAUUUUUAGGGUUUCACCGACUUUGUGAUAUGAUUCAGAAAUUGGAAUGGCUGGUAAAUACCAAUACAAAAACAGGACUCUGGUUGACAGUUCUAUUCUUUUAUGCUUGCUACGGUUCAAUUUUCUUUGACACAGUUCUCUUCAAUUCGGACUAUAUGGCUCCGCUGCUUGACCCAAUGAUUGGAAAACAAGGGAUUAUAUAUUCCAACAAUUUUCUAUAUUUCCAUAAUAUAAUUGUCGCAACCACGUUGAUUCUAGUCUAUGCAUGUUUGUGUACACUUUGGAGCUCUCGUGAGAUGAAUACUUCCUCGUUACACGUAUCCAAGUUUCAGAGAAGUAUACUUCUUCAAUCAAUUUGUAUUUCAUUAACAUAUGCAAUACCAGCAAUUUCGUUUGUUACAAUGUUCGUCCUCCCAAUUCCGAAAUGGUUUUUCCAUGUUUCAGAUAUUACUUAUCAGCUAAGUGGAGGUCUUCCCUUCAUAAUGUACAUCUGCUUGAAUAAGAGAGUUCGAGAAGAAUUUUUGCAUUUGCUCAGAGUUUGCCGGAAAGCUGAGAAAAGCCAAGUUGCAGUGAUUCCACUUGGAAACUCUACGGUCUCCGCUUUUAACAACUGA